ACUUUAAAGCCUUUUUUAAAUUUUGUAAACAGUAGAGGAGAAUUUUUACGACAGCGUACAUCAGUGGCUUAGAAAUACAGUGGCGAGGAUUUAAUACGUUAAUUUUACUUUGAUAAUAAUUCAAAGUUUGUAUGAAAUUUUUGCUGCAUGGGAAUAUAAACUUACCUAACAAAAAAUUUAAAUCCACAGAAGUGUUUAAAAUUUUUCAGUCUCUCACGAUUUUAUUCGUCUCAUCUAGGCAAACAAAUAACGUUCGCAGGAACAUGCAUUCGACUAAAUACAUGGUUGUCCGAACAUGGCACACGGAAUCAUUGGUGCUGAAGCCUUCACACGCAGUUUGCCCUUUUUGUAAACGAAUUAAAUUGAAUAACGAUUUUUUGUUCAGUUAAGAAUAUCAACGACUUGGACUCCGAAUCUUUUACUUAAAGCGAUAAUCAUAUCAAACCGUUUCACUUGUAAGUCUAUUUACCUUCUGUUUCGCCUCGAUCAACCCGCCAUUUUGCUUUCACAGGUACCAGGCAAAAUUGGUGCUUUAUUGUAAAAGGCGUUGAAAAUGACAGACUGCACAUGCGCAGUCGCGCCAGAACAUCGCCAACACAUUCAAUGACCCCGCGGUACGGAUAAUGAAAUAGUUUUCUAUUUUACGGCUUGACGUCCCAGCCUCAAACUUCGAGGCAAUGGAAGGCUUAUGGCCCUUAAUUUCACGACGGACACCAAGCGACUAAUCUGUCUGGCAGCAUUACUAGGAAUCUAUCUUUUAUCCGGCGCCGUUGUGUUCCAAGUGCUUGAAAACGAAAAUGAUAAGUUCGAGAUACAGCAGUUGAAUUCUGUGAAGAAAUUGUUCUUGGAAAAGCACAAUAUGACACCGGACGAUUUUGAUUUCUUGGUGGAGAAGGUUGAAAAUGCUGUGAAACACCGUUGUGGUGGCGACCCAGAUCAAUGGUGUACCUCCAGAUGGACAUACUACGCUUCAGUAUAUUUUACAUGGAGUGUUGUUACAACUGUGGGCUAUGGUCACUUGGCUCCCAGUACCGUUGGCGGCCGCGUGUUCUGUAUGGUUUUCGCCUUAUUUGGAAUUCCUCUAAAUCUCAUGGUACUGCGACACAUUGGGGACCGUGUCAAUCAUCUUAUAAGCUACGUUCAUUUUUUGGUAGAGACAAAACUGCUCAAGCGUGAACCACAGCAAGUAGCAACGAAAACUCUAAUGUGGACAUUGCUUGUUCUUAUAGUUAUGCUCUUUGUGGGAGCGUUUCUUUAUUUGCAGAAAGAACAAUGGAACUUUCUAGAAGGAGUAUAUUUUUGUUUUAUCACCUUUUCUACAAUCGGAUUUGGAGACUUGGUACCGAACGGAGGUCAAGCUCCCACUGAUCCUGGAAACAUCAUAAUGGAACUUCUGCGAGCUGUGGUUGUUCUUUUAGGAGUCUCUAUGUUCUUCUCCAUUAUCACGUCAGUUUUAACUGCCUCAGAAGAACUCAGAGUCAAUUUUCCAUCUAGCAAAUAUCUGGGCGCCUCAGAUAAACAUACAGCGGACUCACCGGAGGGCAUGCGCGAAGAAAAACGGAACGCAACUGAGGGCCCGGAGGCAAGGAUAAAUGUAGAAGAUGUAGAAAGUGGAAGCAUUAAUAUAGCUGGUGGGACAGCCAAUGAAAAUAAAUCUAGUCAGGCCACGAUUUCUACUCCUCUGGAAGAAAAAAUUGUCGACGAAAAAGAACCAAUUCAAAACGUGGAAGGAAACCGGUAGUCUGAUAGCUGGUAACUAAGUCUUAAAAUUAAAUAAUAUUUUAAAAUGAAUUUCAGUUUUGAAUCAAAUUGAAGACAAAUUUAACUAGCUUUUGCUCUAGGAACCAAUACCGAAACAGAAGCAAGGGGCAUCUUAAAAAAGUGUUAGCCCAGGCUGAGGAAAAGAAAUACAUGUUAAUAUCUAGGUAGUAAAAAUUCACUGACCUUUUUCAAACCUAUAGCUAUCCUGAUCAAAAUCAGUGGAGUCAAACGAUUUGUCCGAGCUGAACAGAAAUUAUUCAAAAUUCCAGAUAUUUUAUAAUUCUUUUCAGCUUCUUCAGCAGCCUUGUUUCCAUGCAUUUCUAUCUUUAAAUGGUUAAUUACAAUAUCUUUGCUUCACCUCCAAAGAUAAAUAAAAUAAUAAUAAUAGAAACGAUUGAAAUUGUUAUAAUUAUAGGUUUGUAUUUUUUAGCAUCACAAAGCCAAAUAUUCGACGAAAACUAGCUAUUACUCAAAGAUUAGCCAGUGAUUGUCAUUUAAAGAAUGCUUUAUUUUUGAUUAAUGCCGCUCUUUAAAUUUUGUACCUAAUAAAUUUCUAACUUUGCGAUACGUUUCUCAGGUUUGUUCUUUCUCUCCUUUCCCUUUCUAUUUUUGUUUUUCUUUUUCUUCCAUAAACAAGCAAAUAAAGAAACUUGGCCAAUAAUCCAGCCUUCUCAAGUUGACCUCACGCUGGGUCUAUAACCCGCG